GUACUCUCGGGAGACGUACGAUCACAACGAUGAUUUAUGAUGAUAAGUAGCGGGAUGGGAUGGAAGCACUGAUUGUCCAGCUAUUUUUCCGUUUUUUUCUCAUACCAACCCCAUGUCAGCCACGAGCGGAACAGAUAACUUAGCUGAGCUGGGUUUAUCAUCAAACGAAGUUGAACCAAGUUCUGAAGGAUAUGACGAAUACUUUGAUCCACCUUUGGAAAGCAAAUAUGAAUGUCCUCUCUGUCAUUUGGGGCUGCGAGAGCCAGUGCAGACAAGCUGUGGUCACAGAUUUUGUUGUCAUUGCAUUGUUAACUCCAUAAGGUAAGCGACAAUCUUUCCAGACAAUUUUGGUGGAUUUACAAAAAAAUUGGAGUACUAUGAAGUUUUGGCGAAUCGCAAGCAAUUAGAAAGUCUGAAAUUUUAAGAAAAAAAUGUCUUUAAAUCAUUGCCUCCAUGCACUUGAUUAAACAAUGUACCUUAAAUUUAUUCGAGUUCUAUAGCGUAGCUGAAAAACUACACAGCCGCGCAAAAGCUGAAAAUUUAUCGAGGUUUCCGUUGUGGUACGUCGUGGGGCCGUGAAACUGGCAGACAUCAUCGCCGAGGUCGUCAAAUGUACCGAAGCCGCGUGGGGCCUGUGUCGAGGACGCCGUGUUCGUGGCGGAAAAUUUUAAGUUAAGAUGGCGGGAUUCAACGACGCGGCUACCCGCUGAUAGAAUAAAAAGAGUAGUGAAAUUACUUUAUUUCUGAACAACAGAAACCGAUUAUAGUAUUGUUUUCAGUGCAAAUGGCGACUUUUAAAGAAACUCGCGAAAUUUUGCUGGCCAGCUAUGCCUCUAAUAUCAUUACGAUUGAAGAAUAUGCUUUGCUUUUCGAAGAAAACAGUUCAAACAACUUGGAUUUUCCGUACUAUAACUACCCGCCGUUUAACUUAGAGAGCCAAAGUGAAGCCGAGUGGAGGGCAAACUUCAGGGUGGAAAAGCACCACAUUUCUCAGGUAGAAGAUGCUCUUCAAAUUCCGCAAUACUUCGUAUGUACAUGGUUGCUUGUAGAUAUGGAAUUUCUCUUCUCGUGUUCAACUCGACAUCUCACUCGUUCACUGCGCUCACUCGUGAGCUAUCGAGUUUAAUUCCAUAUCCAUGAUUAUACACGGGACCAGGGAGAGUAAGAUUUCAGGGGGAGGUAGAGGUUUCGUUGGAUUCUCGUAUUUCGUGUAUGUGACAUGUCGUUUCGCCUUAUUUUAGACAUUCAUGCCUUGUUUUAGAUGGUUUUAGAUAGUUUGCGAGUGGUUGUAGAUGUUUUUGAGGUGGUUGUAGGUGGUUGUUGAAAUUUUUGAGGUGAUUGUAGAUGGUUGUAGGUGGUUUUAGGUCGUUCCUUGUUUUAGUACUUGGCUGACUUCGUCUUUUGACAUAGAUAACAGUGACAGACGGUUAAGAAUAUAUGAAAGUCAUAUAUAGUCAUAUAUAUAACAGUGAUAGUAAAGCAAGCUUAAAACAGCAGAAAUCGCCAGAAACUACGACGGAUACACGGGGCAUGAGUAAGUUUUAUUGAUUUUACGUGUAAAAUAUUCAUAUUUCGAAAUAUUUAUCGUUGUAAAUCGACCAUAUUUCGUUCCCCAUACUAUUCCAUAUAACGUGUACAAAUUUUCAACGGUUCCUCCCGUAAAUUAACACCGAGUCACACAACGCAUGAUGCGUUCAUGAAUUCAUCGUUGGCUUUUCCUCGAGACGUGAGCUUGGGCCGCCUGUGCUUACAUAUACCUGUGGAGUGACUCCACAACGGUACAAGACUAACAUAGAAUGUAGAAAGGUUUUUCCAUGAAAUCAAAAAGUAAAUUAAAUGGGCUAAAUUCGCCUUAAAUACAUGAAGUACCUCUAGCCUGUAGUAUUUUUUUCAAGCCACCUUAGAUCCUAUGGGUUAGAGGUGCAUGACCAAGGAACAAGGAAAUAUUCUUGAAAAUAGAGAUUCCAAUGUAGCAUAAGAAUAAAAUGGAAUGCCAAAACGUAAAAUGCAACUCAAAUUUAAUUAAAAUUCUUGUCAACAGACAUCCCAGCUCUAGGUUUGUUUAGGUGAUUAUUUCCUGAAUCCUGCUCCUCAAAAUCAACUAUUGGCGACCCUCAAUGAUUUAUUUCCACUUAUACGUCCUUAACAACAACAACAGCAAUCCAUCGUUCCAUGAAGAACAGCUUCCUGCCAUUGCAGCACACAGCAGCUUUGGCUGGAUAUGUCCUCACACAUCGACAAGCAGUUCACAAGUGAAAAUUUUCACACAGCAAAAAAGAACAACAACAAUAACAGUGAAUAAAAUUCAAAUUAAUCAUUGUUAAUGCUCUACUUCCAGCCCAAUCAAUCCUUUCUGUGAAUCACACUUUCUGUGUGGAGUGUAUUGUUUUCCUAUCAACAAAUAAGAAAAAUUGAAUCAAUUGAUUCUCCUAGAGGUCAUUAUUUGGCAACCAUACCAUUGACAAGGAGCCAAACUGACCCUGGGCUCGAGAUUGCCAAGCACUUAGCAGCCUUUAGUUAGUUACUGUGACAUCACCAAAAUCUAUUUCUGCGGGGUGAUAUCAAAGGGUGUAGGGAUUUUUGCAAGAUGAGAUUUUCAAGAACUAACCUUAGGUAAAUCAACUGAGACAAGUUCAUGAGUUAAGUGGUGAAGGAAAUAUGGUGGUUUUGUUGAAAGCAGGAUUAUUAUUAUGGAUACUAUUUACAAUUACACAAUAUGAUUAAAAUUUACUGCUAUCAUUUCUUCAAGGAAUUAUGGUCUUAGCAAAUGUCCAGCUCUGUCAAAAAACAAACACAAUUUAGAGUUGAUUGCUGCAGAUCAGUGUCAUUAACAGCAUUGCCCAGUGGCUCAAGAUGAAGAUUGUUUUAAGGCUCCAUCAAUUUAGAGUCGGUAAAACAUAUUUCUGUGGGGUGGUAUCAAAGGGUGUAGGGGUUUUGCAAGACAAGAUUUCAUAGAAUUAGCCCUAGAUAUAUUGACUGAGAUGAGUCCAUGAGUUAAGCAGUGAAGGAUAUAUAGUGGUUUCGUUAAGAGGGCAAUUAUUAUUAUACACUUUCAAGGGCAGGAUACUAUUUACAAUGACACAAGAUGAUUAAAAUACACUUUUAUCAUUUCUUCAAGGAACUGUGGUCUUAGCAAAUGUCCAGCAGAAAGUUGCCAUGAAAGCAUCACAACGUCACAGGUAAUUUGAUAACUUUUAAGUUAAGGAUACACAGACCUUUGAGGAUGGAUGUUUUGGAUUUUUUUUUUUCAUGUCUUACCAAGCAUUGUUAUUUUAACUGUAGCUUUCAAGAAAAGUUUAGGUACAAUAUUGAAACAUGUGGGUUAUCUACAAAAACGUAAUUUUGCAUUGAAUUCUUUAGCCUACAAUGUGUGGGUAGCUAGUUGUUGACUUGCGAAGAGUUUCUUGUAACAUGUCAACAUAAGUGACUCCCAAAGAGUUUCUUGCAGAAAAAAUCAUGGUCCUUGAGUUUCGCUCACGUGAACAUCUCUUGAUUUUGGUUGCACAUGGAAAUCUUUACAGAAGGUGAAAAGGGACAAUACAAAAAUAUUUAGAAAUCUAAAAAAAUAUUCAGAAUCACUAUCCUUGAGACAAAUUGCUUUUGAAAAGGUUGCCAAAUCGAGAAAACAAUUUCAAACCCUGGUUUAAUUCAUAGAUCCAGAAAUAGCUUUCAUGAAAAUUGAAAAUAUUUUACAAUCCAAGAAUCUUUCUUAAAUCCAGAAAAUUUUCACAAUUGAGAAAAAUAUUUUGUCAUGUGACACUUGUGUGCGGCUGUGGAAUGGUGUUUUGCUAAAACCUGAACAGUAGUAUCAUAAUGAAAUCCUCUUUCCAAGUAAUAUUCAGUGGCAGAUCUCUCAUCUGACAAACUGUGCAACAUGUUUUUCUUUUCGGGUCUAUUUCAUGUUCCACUUUGAUGGCAGUAUAACUCAUUGCUCACAAAUUCUUUUCCACAUUUGUAGCAGAACAUUGCAUUACUCUUGGUACAGUUUAGUCCAUUAACAUAGUUAGUGACUCCAGGUAGUGACAAAGUGGAGGGGAGUGAAUAAGAAAACGGAUCAGCGGAUUCUGACAGUGUAUUUGCCCAGAUUUGGGAUUCAGAGCGUAAUAUUGACAUAUUUGCAAAUCCUGCAAUGGUAGUGGUCUGUGGUUUUCAGUGAUUUUUUGGGCCCAGAUUUUGGAUUUUGCUUGUGAUAAAGUUCGGAUUGUGGAUCUCAGUGAUUGUCAGAAAUAUUUUGUUUUGUUUGUUUUUGUGGUCUGUGUGGUACUGUUAUUUCUUCUUCAUGGUCAAGGCUCAUAAUGCACCAUGGCCAGUAAGCUGAGACAUGUUGCCAAAGGGAUAUGUUGUCUUUGAGUUCUUAUCAGUUUGCGUUAUAUUUUACAAGUAACCGCUAACCUCUUAUAUUUAUAAGCCAUAGUUAGCAGCUAUUACGUGAAAUAUAUUUAAGGCAAGUUGAGAAAAAAUGUGGCCCCAAAUCUUUUUCCCAGCUUGCCUUUAAAAUUUCUCACAACUGCACCUGUUCCUGUUCAUAAAUCUGGCUAAGCCUUUAUGGUCUUUGACCCACGUACAUAGCUGCUAACUAUGGUUAAUAAAUAACUGUAGGUAUUUGGUGUUUACUUGUAAAACUCCCUGAAGAAGUCUACAACAGUUUGAAAAAUUGGGUCACAGAAUAAAACAAGUUUUACAACAACUGUUUGCAGAGUGCUGCUCAAAAGUUGAGGUAAAAAAAAUGUUUAAAAAAUUGUUUAAAAUUUAAAUUUUAAAAAAUUAUCCUAUUUAGUUAAAGGUCCUAUAAAAAGCAUAAGGACAUUUUUUGAAAAUUUAUUUUAAUUAAUAACUAACACACAAAAGCUCAAGGUACGUUUUUCAUGAAUCUAGGUUGCAAACGGAUUCAGAUUUAACUUUUUCGUGAAAUGGAUCUAUAGAUUCGGGUUUUUAAAUCACAAAGGAUUUGAGGAUUCCAUAGCCCUCUUCACCCCCUCCUAGUGCAACCUAGUGUGACACAAUGUGCUUUAUUGUGACAAAACAGAGACUACUGGGGGAAGUGUCACAUGACAAUAAUUUUCUCGAUUUGGGGAAAUUUUUUGGAUUUUGGAUUUGGGUGAACCACUCAGCUUCAAACACUCUCUGGCUUCGAGGAGCAGUAGAAAAGCAGAUGAAGGGGAAAAUGACAUAUUGGAGUAUGAUUUCCUAGCAGUGAUGACGAAUUGGAUGAGUGAUUUCCAGAUGACAAGACCACAUGUGAUGAUGAUGACAUACCAUCUUUGGAACAAGAGGCUCCCUUUCACCAUGGAAGAUUUUCCCCAGUUUGGAAGAAGUGUUUGCUUCAACAACACAAUUGUGUUCAGUUUAUUUUCCUUCUUAUGGAACCAAUGGGAUUGCCGUCAAAUUUUGUUGUUAUACGCUCUUGUUGACUUUGUUAUUUGUUUCUUUGAUACUGACCUGUCUUUAUGGAGGGUCCCUAAUAGGGUCUUUAAUCCUGCUAUCUCCACUUAAAUUUUGUCUCAGUCCUGUAAUCCCAAUGGUUUAUACUGGCCAAUCCCAAUCCCAGUCAUAAAUUUUUGUUCCUAGUCCAUUCCCUCAACUAAGGACCUUUUCAGUGGGUGAUUUCUCAUCCAGCAUUGAUCCACUGAAGACUUUGCUCACCAUAAGACAUAAAUUUAUCUCUUUUCACCCCAACAAUAUUGUUCAUUUUGAAGUUUUCAAAGUUUUGCAUGAAUAACGUACACUUGUCAUGGUAACAACUUCCUUCCUUUUAACUUUGAUCACGGAUAAACAUAUCAAUAAAGACAGGUCAGUUUCAAAGAAACAAAUAACAAUGUCAACAAGUACGUAAACAAAAAAGGUGACGACAAUCCCAUUGCUUCUAUUGCUUCCAUAACACAAUUUUUCUAUUGAAGCAAACAAUGAUUUUCCGAUGUGGGAAAAAUCUUCUGUGGAUAAAAUGAGUCUCUCAUUCCAAAGAUAGAGUGACUAUCAUCACAUGCAGUCUCAUCAUCUGGAAAUGACUCAUCUGAUUCCUUGUCACUGCUGGGGUCUGGUGUUUUUUUUUUUUUUUUUUUUUUUUUUUUUUCUGCUCCUCAAAGUGAGAGAGUUUGAAGCUGACUGGUUCGCCCAGCCAAAUUUCUCUCUGAUUGAGGUACAACAGGAGAGUACCAGCUUUUGCCAUCUGACGCACUGCUACUCCAAAUGUUUGUACUCAGUCUCUCAUCUUCUGUAUGUUCUGUGGUGCUAUUGGUACAGGUGAUAACAUUUGAUUAUCGGUAUGGCUGACAGGAUCAUGGCACAUUUGGGUACAGGAUACCAAGACUUUGAAUUUGUUAAAUAAUACACCACCCUCUAGGUUGUCUCCUUCAAGCCUUCUUUGGCUGCAUUUCCAAAGUUUCUUGUGCAAUUUAAUGCCAUGUAAAGUGGAUCCUUGUAAUGAAUGCACAACUGAGUGAUUGUUACACAAUCUCAUAGAAACUGCUGCUGCGUGGGAGGCUAGACUUUUUUUUGGACUUUCAUGUAGAUCAAUUUUUCUCGUCAACUGACUUCCCAGUUCUCAAAGUGUUUAAGUGAUUGAUCCCUGAAUGCCACCCCUCAAAAUUGCUGAUUCCCGUGUCCCAUUCACAAUAACAAUCCUACAUCACCCUCCCUUGUUAUUCUAAAUUCUUGGAUGCCAGCCUUCAAAUAAGCCAAAUCCCGGAUCCUGAAAAACCUAUUGGGGACCCUCUUUACUGAUGAUAUUUUUCAUGAUUGAAGGUUAAAAGAAGGAGGUCAUUACUGUGACUACCGUAUGUUAUUCUUGUAAAACUUUGAAAACUUCUAAAAUGAACAAUAUCAUUUGGGUGAAAAUAGAUAAACUUACACAUAACAGUGAGCAAAGACUUCAAUGUAUCAAUUCUGGUUGAGAAAAUCAUCAUCCACUGUAAAGGCCCUUUUAAGUUGAGGGAAUGGACUAAGAACAAACAUUUAUGAUCAGGAUCACAAUUGAUUGUGCAGACCAUCAAAAUUACAGGAUUGAAGUAAAAUUUUAGUAGGGAUUGCAGGACUGAAGAAGCCUAUUGGGGACCCUCUGUGCAUAGAAAGGUAGAGAACCAUCAUCUUUUUGGCAAAAUGGUAAUAGCUUGAUUUCAAGUGCAUCCCCCUUAGGGUAAGUGAAAGUUUUAGUCUUUGAAAAGUUACAAGUACCUAUUUACACCAAAUUGCUUGAGAAAUCAUGAAGCAAACAGCAAAGUUCCUUUUAUUACUUAGAAUUGAACCCAUUGUUGGUCGCUGAAUGAGUUUAUUUUAUUAUCAUUUUUAUAUUUUAACCCAAGAUAUACCCAGACAAGUUUGCAGAACGAGAGAUGAUGACCCUUCAGGUUUUUUGUCAAGCAAAUAGAGAAAAUGAAUGUCUUUGGAAAGGAAACCUUGGAAAGUUGGAGGUAUUUUCUCUUGAGUUUGUCAGAAAAUAAGGUUGUUAAACCAAAGUUUCCUAAGAAGGAAAACAAAUGGAAAACAGUUGCUUUGUAAUUUGGAAAAUCUCUUUUGUUUUUGUGUGAACUUUGUGAGAAUUGUUAUUAAUUAAAUAAUUAUUUCUUGAAAAUGGAAGACAUUAUAUUAACAGCAAUAGAGUGGAUCUGUAUUUUAUCAAUUAUUAUUUAAUAGGAAAUAUAAUUAGAAAGUGACAUAAUUAAAGCUAAUUCAACAAUCAACUCAGUUGAAAAUCAAUAAAUGUUUAACAAACAUACUGGUAAUGGCUCAUUUAGUAAAAGAAGAGAUGUACUUUCUCUAGAAGAUACACACAUCAGAAAAGGUGCAUUCUUUUACACAAAGUAAAGAUCUUGGCAUCACAGCAGACAUACUUAGAUUAUCUAAAAACUGAAAAGCCCCUCAAAAAAGAUCCCAUAGACUUUUGGUAAUUUUCUUUCUGCACAUUACUUAAUCUGCUGGCAAUCUAAUAAGGUGUAGAGACAACUGUAAGUAGCAUUGGCUCCAGGUAGAGAAAUCGUGCAAUUAAAAAUGACCAAUUUGCAUCUGUAUAAUAGAAUCACCGAAGUGAGUGUCCAUAUGUUAUGGUUGGCUGCCCUAAUGACUGUGAGAAACAAGUAAAGCGGAAAGAUCUCCAGCAACACAUGGCAGCAGAAUGUCUGCUUAGGAAAAUCUCCUGUGAUUAUUGCCCCCGCAGGGUUUUUGGCCCCAGAGGGCCAAAAACCCGAGGAGGCACCUUAGGACUCCCCGCGUAAUAUAGAGGAAGACUGGAGAAGAGGGAAUGUGGGUAUUUUCGGUAGAUCAUAACCAGAAAAAAUCUCGAUUUGAUCGCUUGCACGGCCGCAAGGUAUCAACGUUUUUCCCGCAAAUGGUCAUGGGCUGCCAGUAAAAAGACACGCGCGCGAGGACUUUUAGGAUCGGCGUCUUUGACACGAGAUUUGUCCUAGUAUAGAGGAAGACUGGAGAAGAGAGAAUGUAGGUGUUUUCGGUUGAUCGUAACCAAAAAAAAUCUCGAUUUGAUCACUUGCACGGCUGCAAGGUAUCAACGUUUUUCCCGCAAAUGGUCAUAACUACACAACUGUAAACAACAAGCCCAACUCAAAAAAAAGAAAGAAAAUGGUACUGUAGGGCGGGGGCAGCUCUAGUGAGAACUAUAACUAGUUGUAAUGAGGCGGUUUUGUGGAAUGAAUUGGAGGUAGACAUAGAUUUGUUAAUUGUUUUUUUCAUACUUUAAAAUCACAUGGUAUUCCCUAAUGAUAGUAUUUGUAACCCUGAAUUGUGCAAUACUAUAUAUAAUCUGAUGUGCAACCCCUCCCGCACAAUCCCAUAGAAAACCUUUAGUAAAAACAGACCUGUAUGGAGCAGGAUGAGUUGAUGUGAGCUGGUCUCAAUUUGCUCUCCUGUCCCACACUCACACUCAUAAACUGCAAGUUUCUUGUUGUUCUAAAGAAAAUUUGAAUUGAAAAAUCUUUUUUGUGGUUGUCCCUUAUGCACCCAUCUAUCACAUUCCCAUUGGGUUGAACAACAUUUUCAACAAUUAUUAUAUAGUCAUAUGAUAAGAAGCUUAUUGAUUGAGUUUGGUCAGGCCAGACAGGACAACAUUUGGUCCAGUGCGACCAAACUCAGUCAAUGAAUACAUAAUACAUUGUCUACAACAGUCAAGGAACGUCAUCUGACAUUUUUCACUAUACAUGUAAUUAUGGAUGUAUGCUCCAAAGGCUUUAUUGCUGGUGCACAUUUGCAGAAGGCUAAGACUAUGUAUUGAUUCAGAUCAUUUGUUUUUGGGAACUCCCACCCCCCCUCCCCUCCCCCUCCCUCCCCCCCCCUCACCCUUUUUUUUCAACUCUGUUGUUUAAUUGCAGAAAAAGGUAAGGGCUAACUCUUAUGGAAAGGACUAGUUAAUAAUUUAUUAAAAGACAACUACAGGGGCUAUGAUGAUUUGUUCGUUUCCCUCACAUUCUUUUUUUUUUUUUUUAGGUAUUGAUCCUACUUAUAAUGUGAAAGAAUUUUGCCUCCAAGCAUCCUGCCAACAUUGGCCAUCUUGUGAUUUGCAAAAAAAAAUUAUGACCCUCCCUUAAAUUUAAUUUUCUAUUAUUGUUUAAUUUUUAUACCUCUUCUUAAGUGGUUGUAAAAUAACUUUCAUAUCAAAAUCUAUACCACGAGACAUAUAAUUUAAGCAAUAACUAACGCUUUUCCUGGUUUCAGCAACAUUUUGAAAACUGCCCCCAGUAUCCACAACAAUGCAACAUGUGUGAGAAAGAUGGUAUUGAGAGAGGCAAGGUAAGAUCUUUCUAUUUGAUUUAACAAUUCUUGUAAUUAUAUCAGUUGAACCAGAGAAUCUGCAAUUAGAACGAAAUGAGUGUCAUUAUCUUUCCAUUAAGCAACUUUGCAAAUGCUGAGGUCAGAAUGAAUGCUGGGAUUGGCCAACUUAGCACCAGGUCCCUUCAGGGGGAUUGUUGUUUCACCAUGCUUCUAUCUCUAUUGUUGUGUGGGAUGCAAACCUUUUCUCUUUCUCCUCAGCCCUUUGGGGAGUUAAUGGGCUGAGGCAGGUGAAAAUGACUGUAGACAUCAGCACAAGGUACAAAAUUUUAACCUCUUAAAUUUCCAAUUUGUGGGUUCAUGGGGUAGAGGUCCAUAAUUAAAGUUGGGCAAAGAAGAGAAAAAAAAGAAGGGAUUGUGCAUCAAGACAAUGCUGAUACAACUGUGAUGAAAGCUGAAAAUGUCAUGAACAAAACAUUUUUCCACAAACUGUAAAUAACACAUUUUAUUUAAAGUUAUGUAACUUACAGGAUAUCUUUGUUUGUUACGUGUUCUCCUCAGUCUAUCGUAGAGCGAAAGGAGGUCUGCAAACAUAAUCUUUUUCAAACAUUUGAGAAACUACAUGCCCCUUGAGAAACCUAGUGUAGGGUUGACCAAUCUCAGCAUUCGUUUGGUUGCAGUAUUAGCAAAGCAGUUUACUCUCCAUUUAUCACAAACAGAUUCCAUGUUGUGGUGCAUCUGUUCAGUAAUAGACCAUAAAUGACAUCAUGAGGACAUGGAAAGAGGAAAAAAUUGGUAUGCUAGGUGGAGCUGAGGGUGUCACUACAGGAUGAUCCUGCUAUAUUUGGAUGUCAUAUGUGAUCUAUAACUGAACAGAUGCACUGCAUCAUGAAUUCAGUUUGAAUUUGAAAGUUUCCUUCAUCUAUCACUUUGGUGUUAUCAAAGUAGCCAUACAGUAUGGUUGUUACAACUCAGGUAAAUUGCAAAGCAACCAGUAAGAAUAUUUAAAAAUCCCAACAAUUUUUUCAAGACCAACCCAUCAAGAUUGAAACUGUGCAGAGGAUUUACUUGAGCUGUCAGAUUUUAUAUGUGAUUAAUUUGCUUAAAGGAACAUUGUCCAUUUUGAAUUGUGAUGCCCCAUUUGGUUUACAAUUAGAUCAAGCUGAAAAUAAACAAUUUUUGUCAAAUAGUGCAUUUCACAACAUUUCUAGUGAUGUAUAUCUGUACUUUAUGGUGGUAUGCUUUAAGUAGCGUGUUAAAAUUUUUUUGCAAAGGACACCCGUGAUUGUCUACCUUAUCCUUGUUAUAUCUUUAAUGAGAUUAAUGAACAUCCUACCUAUUAUACUUCCUUAUAAUUGUACAAUAAAAUAUUGUGCGUAUGUAGCCUAUAGUUUCUAUUUAUUAAAGCAAUUAUUCUUGGUUCUGAUAUUAUUACGCAUUGCCUUGCUAGAUGGAAUACCACUUGGAACGAGUGUGUGUAAAUGUGAGAAUUAAAUGCCCCCUACACACUUUCGGAUGCUCAUUUGAGGUAUUUAUUUGAAUAAUUAUGUAUAUGGCCUUGUGACAUUCAAGUAUACAGUUGACCCCUGAUAACUUAAACCUGGAAAUAAUGGGAAAUUGAAAAGGGUUUGAGUUGUCUGGAGUUUGAGUUAUUGUGAGUUAAAAACAAAGGACUAUAGAAAUACUUCAGAAACAAGGAAAAACAUUGUUUAAACUGUUUUUCUAUUUAUACAUAUAUAUUUUAAUCCAACAUAAAUGAAGCAUUUGUGUAAUGCAAAAAAGGCAAGGAGUACAUGGCUGCUUCAAAAUAAAUAAAAUGUUUUGGGCUGCAGUAUACCAUUUGUUUUGAUUUGUCAUGUAUCGACAGAUGUGGUUUCAUGUUUGGAUUUUUUUUGCUUGCUAGUCACACAGUCAGGCCUUUUGACAAUGCCCAGUUCAAUUGCAAGGAUUCUCUUAGUUAUGUAGUUAUACAUUUAAGAAAAAUAACAGCCUUGGGUACUCUCAGAAAUGAAAUAAAUUUCACUGUGUUGUGUUAAGUUUUGUUUCCUAUCCAAGUCGUAUUAAUUUUACUUCCUUUUCUAUGUUAGUUGUGAGUAUGAAGUCUUGAGCUCUCAGGAAUUAAUACUUACAGCAGCUAAAAAGCAAGACCUCUAUGGUUUAAAACUUAUUCAGUGUGUUCCCAUAACUUUUUAAAGCCUUCACAUAAUUGAAACUUAUCCUCUUUGCAAACAAGUAUUUGACACACAAAGAUGCAGGGUUUUAUCAGUAAAUACAGGGGAAUACAGGGGGUCCACAGCCCCCCAUACCACGUUCUCUGGCCUCCUGUACUUUUGUGCCUAUCUGCCUCUUAGGUCCUGCCCUUCAUUGUAUUACUCCCAUCUUCAGGUCAAUGAAAAGGAUCAGAAACCUGGGUUAUUGGCAAGCUGUACCAAAACAUAUUAUUCUUGACCAUUCUGUGGUGUUGCAUUUUUUCAGCAGAGGGGGUAUUCACUCAAGAUGAACAUUAGUACACACCAGUUUUCACUGACCUGAUUAUCACUGUUUGACAAACAAUUCCCUAUAGAGAAGAAGUUUUAAGUCCACUGUGCCUUCUAAUAGCUAUAAUAGUUUCAAGUGUGUAUUAUGUGUUUUUAAUUGCAUUUAGGAAUCCCUGUUACACUGGGAUUGUGCCUUUAGAAAUGAAACUGAAAAAGCAAACAUAAUGUUUAGAUUUCAGUAAAUAAAUAUGAAGGAAAAUGAUUAGUAAGUGCACCUCUUCCAUUUCCCCCAUCUCUUAACUAGCUGUUAUCGGUUAUUAUAAGGUACAGUGUUUAUUGAAUUAAACCUUGGCUUGUUGCGAAAAGUUGUACAUAUAUUGAUACACUGGUAUUAUGCAGCUGUCUGAUUUAACAAGGUGAGGCAUUUGCAGAAACAAAGUCUUUCAUGGACUGAGUUUUUAUUGCUGCACUGAAAACUACUGAGGCUGAUAUAUGAAGCCUCUAAAGCUUUGCUGGGUACCAGUUUAUGACUGAAUGAUAUGCAGUGAUGAACAACAAACAAGUGCCAUUUUAAUUUCUGCUUAUGCCUCCUGCCCUCAGAUAGAUCCUGCUUCCUGCCCUCUACUGCCCCCUGUUCUCCCAUGCUCCUGCCCUCCUGUUGCCCCCCCUGCUAAAUAAACUGCAUUGAAUAAUUUUCCUUCCUUGGCUUCUGAAAGCAUUACAUAAAUGCAUUUGUGUGUUGUCUCUCAUAAUGAUCUUUCUACUUUAACGCUCAUCUUAAUCAAGGAGUUGUCUCACAGACUCUUUGAUUUUACAGGGUCUUCGAUCUGACGUCAACAAACACAUCACAGAGCAGCUUUCAAGUCAUUUUGGCGACUGCUUAAAAUACAAGUCAGAAAGUGAUAGUGGAAAUAACUUUCCUCAAUUGCAAGAAGACCAGGAAGGAAGGCUGAUUCAGCAACAGCAAAGUGAAGUAGAGGAACUAAGGAAUCAUUAUACCCAGCUCAGUAAUGAUUUGCUUUGUCUGGAACACCAAUUGAGGGUGACUAAGGAAGCACAAAUGAGACUUGAGACACCACUGCGUGAGCAAGAAAUUAUGUAAGUUUGGCAAGAGCUGGAGAAUUAGUGAUCACUUUUGGGAAGCUAGCUUGGGAAGCUUAGUUUUCAAACACCAUCUCUAAUAAUCAGUCCCUGAAUUUGCUAAGAUUGCACUUUUCUUCUGUACAACUUAAACUGACCUAAAAUAAAUCUUACAUCCAUGAGGCAAGAGCAUCACAGCCUGAGUUCCUAUCCAUUGUAAUACAUGUAUCUUGAGUUUACUUUGACCUUGAAUUUGACUUUGUUCUCUCCAAUGAACAGCAACAACUUUCAUUACCCCAAUUAAAAUUAUAGGUUGAGGAAGCAAGCAGGACGUCUUUGUGAUGGAACAUAUACCUGGAGGAUAGAAAAGUUCAGAGAUUGUUUCCAAGGUGCCAUCAGUGGAACACACACAGCAAAGUACAGCCUUCCAUAUUACACCAGUCUGUAUCGCGGGUACAACCUGUGCAUGAGAAUCAACAUGAAUGGUGUAGAUGAUGGUGUUGGCAAACAUGUGGCAUUGUUCAUUCAUUUGAUGCGAGGUGAUUAUGAUGAUUUCUUACAAUGGCCAUUUACGAAAAAGUUCAGAUUGUCCAUCUUGGAUCAAUCUGAAGAUGAAGGGGAGCAUCAUGAUAUCAGCAAAACCUUGGUGGCUGAACCUAAAUGGCAAGCAUGUCAAAGACCAGUGGCACUGCACAACUACUAUGGACUGGGUUACCCAAAAUUUGCCCCAAUUGAGCUGAUUUGUCAGCCACAGUACACCAAGAAUGAUACCCUGCUGGUAAAAUUUGAGGUGAUUGGUUAGUCCAGCACUAUCAUGAUUUGCUUGGAGUCUUAAAAACAUAUCAGUGUAUGUGGAAAGAUCAUAAAAGAACUCUGUUAGCUGUGUGUGAUUUUAGGGUAAUUUUUAGGUACAUAUAAUGAGCAUUCUAUUCAGUUUUAACCCUUUCACUCUGAUGAUUUGAUGUUCAUGACUACCAGUAUCCUCCUGCUUGACUUCCAUGCAUAUACAGGUAUGUCAGUUCUAUCUGCCAGCUGAUCAUUUCUUCUUUAAUUGUGGUCACAGAUCUAUUUGUCACUCAGUAAAUGAUGCAAAAAAAUCUUACAAAGUGAAAGGGGUUGUUUCAAUAGGACUUGAAUAAUUCUUUUAACCUAAAUUUAGUUGGUAAUUUUAAAAAAGGUCCUGUUAUAUUUUCCAUUGAUUUGUACCUUAUUUUUUAAUGUAACUUGGAAACAAAUGUGCUUGCAUUGCAACUAAAAACAGUUGAUGUCAGUAAGUUUUAGUGAGUGAACAUUAUCAGGAAGUGUCGCAUGUUUGUUCAGGUCAGGCUCCUUACAGCUGGUGUUGUACACAAUUUUUCAAAUCAAGGAAACACAUGUUGGUGAUGAUUUUUUUCAAUUCAACUACCAGUAGAUUUUAAAAUUGUCACAUAACCCGCACCUCCCUAUUACCCACUGUGGUGCGCGUUUAAUGCAAAAUCAACAGAUUUUGCAUUAAUUUCCGGCUGUUUACCCGUGGGUAAACAGCCGGAAAUUACGGUAAGGGCUAUCCCCUGAAAAGAGUGUCCUCAGAGAGCUUUGACUUGAAGUCCUCUUUUAAACCAGCCAGGAACAUUUGCCAUUCUGUGUUUGGAAAGUACUUGAAUAAGAAAAGGACUGAAAAUUUGCCAUUUGUCUUAUUCUUUCAUAAAGGAACAAAUAGCUUUUCUUGGUUUCUUUUUUGGAAAAAAAAGGGCUAGAGAAAACAUAAACUGGAACUGUUACAAUUUAUGCUUUAUUUUAAGUUUGCCAAAAGUAAACUGUGAGUGAAGCAACAAGAUUAUUUUUAAAUGUGAGGGUACUGAUUUUAAUGUAAAACAUUUUAAGAACAUUGUUGAGUACAAUUCAGGAACAAAAGGGCACAAACUCUCCUUUGACAACUCUUUUAACUGUAGGUCUCAAUGAGUUAAUGGGUUAAUUGAGAGUGUUCUUGCAUUUCAGCUCUGUAAAUAUAGCAAGAGUUCAACUUAUAAGUACAUCCAAAAACUGGAAAAAUUUGUCUUUAUCAAUAAUUAAAUUAAGGUAAAAAGAGCUGCUAUCAAAUAGUAGAGUAUUAAUUAACUGUGGACUUUAUCAGACCUAGGCAAAACUUAAGCUGGCUUUUCCAAUAGUUAGUUACACACAUUGUAAGCUCAAAAAAUUAUGGAAUGGCUGUGAAUGUGUAUUUUUGUUCUAAAGAACUGAUGAAUGUGGGUGAAACUGGGGAGCAUGCAGCUUGAAAGGUUCUUAGAGAAUAUCAUAGAGAAGAUGUAUGUAGCUAUGCUAUGAUUUAAUAAAAUGGGGUCUGUAUCAUGCAUAUCAUGC